GGAGACGAUGGAGCUACACCAGCCAAUGAUCUCUUUAAUUGCCAUUUCUUACUUGUCUCAAGUGUAUAUUGCACCACCAGUGCAGUAUAUAUAUGCAGUCUCUUGCGAACUCGGGGACCGACACGAUGUGUACCGGGUUUUAUCUUGCAUCUUUAUUCGCUCUCCUUGGCUUGUCUGAGUUAGCUUGCGGCUCAGCCAUACAGGUUGAGGUUGAGCAGGGUGUCUUGCAGGGUGCAGUGCAGACGAGUCACUCAGGAAAACCUUUUUUGGCUUUUCACGCAAUUCCGUAUGCUGCACCUCCAAUUGGACCACUCCGAUUCAAGGAUCCCUCGGAGACAAAACGUUGGGAAGGUGUACGCGAUGCCACAAAAAAGGGCCCAGUCUGCAUCCAGAGAGACGUUUUAUUUUCUCAUAGUGACGAAAUCUUUGGACAGGAAGACUGCCUGUACCUAGACGUAUACACACCGAAUGUGUUGCGGAAAGGGGAAAACAUAACCGGUUCAUUGCCGGUUCUUGUUUACUUCCACGGCGGAGGAUGGCUGUGUGGCUCAGCAGGCACCUAUGGACCCGACUACCUAAUGGACCAGGACAUCGUCUUGGUCACGCCGAAUUACAGAUUGGGGGUGUUUGGCUUUUUAAGCACUGAGGACAAGACGUGCCCUGGAAACUUUGGCAUGAAGGAUCAGGUGGCCGCUCUGAAAUGGGUCCAAACGAAUAUUGGUGCUUUUGGGGGUGAUGCAGGAAUGGUCACAAUCUCCGGAGAAAGUGCUGGAGGAGCAAGCGUCCACUAUCACAUGAUCUCUCCAUUAUCACAGGGCUUGUUCACACGCGCAAUUUCUAUGAGUGGCACAGUUUUCGCCCCUUGGGCUUUCGCACCGAAUCCUGUAUCUAACGCAAGAAAAUACGCGAUGGCUAAUGGAUGCACAUUUGAUAAUUCAGAAGAAUUAGUCGAUUGCUUGAUGAAGAAGGAGGCUUAUGAUUUGAUCGAUACACAGGACGUGUUAUAUGAGUGGGUAAUAGAUCCUAUCCUGCCAUUUCGUCCUUGUCAAGAGCCUCAACACGACGGAUUAAUUUUCCUGCCUGCCGCGCGAGAAAAGCUGAUUGAGCGAAUUGAAACAUUGACUCCAUUUAACUCGAUCCCAUGGAUUGUUGGAUACACUUCACAUGAUGGAGCGAUUCGAACAGCUUCAUUUUCUAGCUAUGCCUCAAUCAUGCAAGAUAUUGACGCUAAUUUCGCCACCCUUGGGCCUUUGACCCUGAAUUAUACUUCUGACCAGGGAGCAUACUUGGCAGGGCGAAUUAGACAGUUUUACUUUGGCGGAAAUAAAAUUGACAAAGAGCACAAGGACAUCAUAACUAAGAUGUACACUGAAAGGACGUUUUCGCUCCCGAUUAUUAACUCUCUGAAAAUUAUGAGGAGCUACAGCACAGUCAGGCCGAUAUAUUUCUAUCAAUUUGGCUACAGGGGUAAACAUUCGAUGUCGUCUAAUUGGGACCCUUUCUCGGACACUGAUUAUGGAGUCGCCCACAUGGAUGAUAUACAGUACAUUUUCCCUGCUCCGAAACAUUUUCCAACAAUUCCUAAAAAUGAAAACAGUGAGGACGCUCGAGUUAUGAAAUUUAUGACCAAACUGGUUUCUGAUUUCGGGAAAACUGGUUUACCGACACCUUCUAAAGACCCAGCAGAAGAGGGUGACUUUAAAUGGCACGCAAUAAAUAAAGUAUUCCCGCUCGAGAUCGCGAAUCUCGACUCGUCGAUGCCAACCGGCUAUAUAAAAUCAACGGAGGAUAUUGAGAAGUCGUACAGAUUUUGGCAAUCGUUGAAUCUGCAAGAGGAUGGGUGGACCAAAGAAGAAGAUGUUUUCGUUUCCGACCAUGACGAAUUGUAAAAUUCCAUGCAUCACGCUGCAGCUCAAAAAGAUAUUUCAACUGUAUUUUUAACAGAUAGUUUUCGAUAAUAAGCUUUAAAUAAUAUUACUAUCGUUUUAUUCUUUUUUCUUUUUAGAUAAAAACAAAAAGACCUGAAAAUUUG